UCAAGGCCGCGGGUUUGGUUGCACACAGGCUGCAGUUUCAGUUUGUUUUAUUCACCAUUUUGAGUAGCUGAAGGUAAAAAAUUAAGAAUAUUUGCGUUUGGAGGACAAGUCGCUGUCGUACUUUUAUUUUCACGCGCUAGCUCGGACGGUGGAGUUGUGCGUCAAUCUCGCUCCCCUCGGUGUUUUGCAGAGCGGGAAUCUAUAUUUCUUUUUUCCCUGUGCUUUUUUCUUCUCCCCCCUUUCUUACAUCCUUAACCUCUACAGUAUUCCUGCAAAAUGUCAAGACCAGUGAGGAACAGGAAAGUGGUGAACUACUCACAAUUCAACGAGUCUGACGAUGCAGAUGAGGAGUAUGGUGAAGAUAAGCCUAAGAAGGUGCGCACAGCCCCUCGUGAGCCCAAGCACAAGCGCUCAAAGAACUCACAGGAUGACAGUGAGGACUCUGAUGACAAGCUCUCUAAAUCCAAAAAUGAUUCAGCAGAUGACUUUGGCAGUGAUGAGGAAGACAAUGAUUUUGGAGAGGAGGAGGAUGAAGAUGGAGGAAGUGACUAUGAAGAAAAAAGAGGGAAAAAGGGAAAGAAAGCCAAGGUGGAGAAGCCCAGUAAGAGGGGGCCAAAGAGAAAACGGGCUGCAGAUGACAGUGAUGAUGACAGGGAAGUGAGUCGAAAGCGUACAGUGCGCCAGGCAGCCUCCAAGGCUGUGUCCAAACAGAGGGAGAUCCUGCUGGGCGACGGAGGCAGUGAGGACGAGGAGCAUGAAGACCAGGAGGAAUCCUACAUGGACCCCGACGAGUCCGGCAGCGAUGAAGACUUCAUGGUGGAGGACGAUGAUGACAGUGACUAUGGUCACUCCAAGAAAAGAAGCAAGAAGGUGAUUCGACGGGGACGGACAGACAAGAAAGAGAAGAAAAGCCCCAAACCCCGACUAAAGGCCACAGUGACCCCCAGCCCAAUGAAAGGAAAGGGGAAAGGGCGCCCCAGCACCAAGGCCCUGGAGAAAAGCUCACCCAAAGAGGAGGAGGAGGAGGACCCCGAGAGUCCCCUGGAAGAGGAGGAGGAGGAAGCCGAGAAGAAGGAGAGCUCCCCUGCCCCCAAGACGACGAAGGAAGCUGCAGGAGGAGAGGAGGAGGAGGAAGACGAAGAGGAGGAGGACGGCUCAGAAGAGGAGGCACCCUCUGGAGAAGACUAGAAGAUGGUACCUGUUUGAAGCCCAUCCUCCGUGUCUCUCUCUCUGUCUCUUCUCUGUUUUUGUUUUCUUUUGUCGCUCUGCG